GAUAUAUACAUGCUAAUGGAGUUAGUAGCAUUCUCCAGGCCUUCCCAUGAUAUUGUCUUGCUUUAAGUUGCUUAUAACUUUGUCAAACUCUGCCCUUUGGGGGAUAAGAUUCUGAAUGUUUUUUUUUUCCUGCUUAUUCUUAAAAUAGUCAAAUAGACAAACCGGAUUAGUUUUUCCUGAAGAAAUGUGUUAACGUGUUAAGAUUUGGUGACCCGUUCUUUGGUGAAUGUUAUUUUCAGUUUUUUUCUCUGACCUGGUCCUUUGGUGUCAGCAAGGGUGGUGAUGGUCAGCAUUUUAAAAGCACCGUAGUACUGGCAGUGUGUUUUUAACUUGGCCAGAUAUAAUGACGUAAAAUACCUUGUCAUCUGUCUGCAUAUGGCAGGAAACUUUGGAGCUUUCAGCUUGGUUCUUCAAAACCGGUUGCUGUGAGGAAACAGGCAGAUAUGGUGUUGAAAUGGAAACCAAGGGUUAAUUCCCAUGUACCUUCAGUGCCCCUUUUGUCACUGGGGGGGAGAAAAAGCUGUGUGAAUUAAUUUAAGAAAGUUCAAGAAUCAGAAGAAAUAAGACUCUGUCAGGCAAGCUAAAAAGAAGAAGCUGAAAGUGAACAGGCAAGAGCAUCAACUUAGGACUAUAAGGAAAAGGGAUGCAAAAGGCAAGAAGAAACGUUGGAUGAGGAGACAGAUUGCUAGAGAGAAGCAAGGACUAGCUGAGCAAAGAUGUACCACCUUCUGCUCUUCUCAUUCUGUUAUGGGUGACUGUUUGGCUGAGGUUUCUGUGCAAAGAUGCCUUGGAGAUGGGAGGAUGGGAACAGCUGUGGACUGUAUAACAGGGGAAAGAAGCAGAUGGGACAAGGUGUAAGUGCAUAAGGAAGAUGUAGUUUUUUCCUAAUGGGAAAACAGGUAUUUUCUGGGUAAGAACCUGGAGUAUGAAGAUAAAAGAAUGAAAAACUGCGAUUUAGAACCAGAAGGCAGGGAUGAGGAAGAUGCACUAUUGAAUGUUGAGAGGUAUGAUAGAUAUCUUUGGUAUAAUAAAUAUCAAGCUGAGAAGAAAGGAAGCUGUAGAUGAGUUUGGUGGCUAGAGAGUGCUUCCAUCAAAACCAAACGCUUUUGGAUCUCACUGUCACUGACAGCUAAAAUCCAUAAAACCCCUGGAAACUACUAUUCCCCUCUAGUGCAGCCAUGCAGAGAAGAUUACAAGCUAUUAUUUUCUCUCAGCUAAGAUGAGUGUUGUCCUACAAUUGAUUUAUCAUCCUGUUGAAUAUGGUUAUCAGUGUGGUGUCGUGGAAUGUCAUGCUUUAAAGUGUGUUUUGCUAUAAAAAAAAUGUGCGCAAUCUAAGUGUAUUAAAAAAAAAGGCUACAAAGACAUUAGGAAAAACAAAGUAACCUUCACAGCAUUGGCUUAGCCUUUUCUGCAUACUCCUAGAGCUCUUCAGGCUGUUGUUGAUUACUUUGUCUGGUGUCCUACACGCAAUGUUACUUCCCUUCAUUAGCUAAUUGUGAGACAGUUGUUGCACUUUAGCUAGAGUUUAUCUUUUAGAAAAGCUGAACAUACGGACUUUAAUACUUCCAGUCAAAGAGAAUCCGUCUCAGUCCUUGGUAAUUUAGUCUGCUGAUUAGGCUUCUCUGUCAUGGUUUUAUGACUUCUGUCGCAAGUUAAUUUUCAUAGUUCUAAUAUUCAGCCAUUACACCUAUUUUGCCUUUUACCUGUCAAACUGAAGUGUCCCCUCAUAAAGAGUUUCUUCCCUGUGUAGAUUGUAAUUAAUUAAAUCUUAACUUAGCAAAAAAAUUUUUUUAAAUCUCCUAUGAUAACAUAUUUUUUCAAUUUUCUAAUUAGCCUUGUUCUUCUCUAAGCCUUCUCUAAUCUUUUGACAUUCUGCUUGAACUUCUGACUCUCUGAAAAUGUGUACAGCCCUUUGCUGCCAGUCUUCAUAGUGCUAACUAAAGAAGUCAGAUUAUCAUUCUUCUGUUGGGUAUACCCUUAUCCCUGUUCACCGUUGUGUUUCAGCUGGAAGCUCGUGUUCAGCAUUUCUUUCAUAUGGUUUACUGGCUGGAUCUGCUCAGGGAAUGAAUGAGGAGUGUGUGGUGAAAGAGAGCAGUUGUUUGUAGAUAUGCUCUUCCAUUCCUUGAAGAAAGGAAGGUGUAUAAUGAAUUAAGUGAAGAUUUUGUAGGAAGAGAAAAGGUGAUCUCAUGACUGAGGCAGUUGAAUACUACUCUGACAGAGCCACCAGUCAGGACCUGUUCCAGGAGCAGACACUAGGACAUAUCUGCCUCAGUGAAGAGGAUGAUGGAGACAACAGACUUAGAUGAGGAGUCCUCAGCUGGUAUUGAGAACCUACCAUUUGAAUUGCAGAGAAACUUCCAGCUCAUGCGAGAUCUGGAUCAGAGAACAGAAGGUGAGGGUUAGAGAUGACUUCUGUGACAAGGCAGGAAGCAUGCAGCUUCAUGAGCUUUUCUUUCGUUUGCCUUCAUUACUGGGAUCUUGGGGCAGUGAACUUUUUUCAGACCUCAAGUCAGAGAUUGAUAAAUUGGCCACAGAGUAUAUCAGCAAUGCACGGACUUUGUCUUCGGAGGAAAAACUGGGGCUUCUCAAGCAGAUCCAAGAGGCCUAUGGGAAAUGCAAGGAGUUCGGGGAUGACAAGGUUCAGCUGGCUAUGCAGACCUACGAGAUGGUGGAUAAGCACAUCCGGCGGCUGGACACAGACCUCGCCCGCUUUGAAGCUGACCUGAAGGAGAAGCAGAUAGAAUCAAGUGACUAUGACAGUUCUUCCAGCAAGGGCAAAAAGAAGGGCCGAGCCCAAAAAGAGAAGAAAGCUGCCCGUGCUCGCUCGAAGGGGAAGAACUCUGAUGAGGAGGCACCAAAGACUGCCCAGAAGAAAUUGAAACUUGUCCGCACUAGCACAGAGUAUGGGAUGCCUUCAGUGACCUUUGGAAAUGUGCACCCUUCAGACGUGCUGGAUAUGCCUGUGGACCCCAACGAGCCUACUUACUGCCUCUGCCACCAGGUGUCCUAUGGGGAGAUGAUUGGCUGCGACAACCCAGAUUGUUCCAUUGAAUGGUUUCAUUUUGCCUGUGUGGGUCUGACAACAAAACCAAGAGGAAAAUGGUUCUGCCCUCGCUGUUCCCAGGAGAGGAAGAAGAAGUAAAAUCCCACAAGCCCUCAGUACUGCUGCAGGAGCUCUCUUCUCCCCUGCCAGGGCCUCGUCACAGCUCCCCCAGCCCUUGGGGCCUUGACUGGGGGGAGUCUUGCCCUGCUUGUGGUUUGGGCCAUCCCUGGAAUGGUGUGUACCCUCAUGACAGUUCCUGUGUGUUCUGUAUUCCUGGCUGCUUCCAAAUCCCUAAGGGAGGACCUCUUUGUGUACUGUUCCAAACAGGUCUCUGAACCUCAAAGGGAAUGAAUGAGGGCACCAGGGUAGCCACCAGGUUCCCAGGGAUUCAGGUAGCCCCUAAUUUUCCUUGGCUUUCCUUCAGCCCCCUCAGAGUUCAUUGCCUGCUCUCUGCUUAGAGAAGAAGGCUAUGGGAAGGGGGAAGGAAAGGAGGUAAGUCUUCAGCAUUUUAGGUCUCUCAUUUUCCUGGAUCUUUCUCAGGAAAGAGGGAGUAACCAGGCCACUUCUUUAGCUAGUGGUUUGGUUGAGAGACUGAAAACCUAAUGUACUCCCUGUCUUUAACCAUUCCACUACUCUGUCUGGCAUUGAGCAGCCUCUUUCCUUCGGAAGAGGAGGAGGGAAGAAUGUUUAGAGCUGGCUUUGUUGCUCCUGUUUCUUUGCUGGGGUAAACCUGCUGGCCUGGGAUGCACAUUGUGCAAAGGAGGAAGAGUUUCUGACCGUGUGGAGAGAAAUGGAUUAUCUAGCCUGUCUUCUGGCCUCAGAAUUCUCCCUUCCUCUUGUGCAGUUGGGCUUCUCUGUUCUGUUGAUGAUGGGAAGUUUGGGGAUCCAGAUCCCACUUGUAAAAUACAGAACUAAAUAAAGCUUAUUGAAGCAAA